GUAUCUAUCUAUCCACGGCUUUAAGACCGACCUCUGAAGUGAACCUAAGGUAUGAUUUUCACUAGCUGUCUCUACCGACGCAGAUACUGCGUGUUUUGUGUGUGUAUACGAGCACUAGAGAUUGAAAUUGGAGGAUGUGGAAAGAAUUUGGCUGCGACGGCUCCAGCAAGAUUUUGCCUUAGGAAAGAAUAGCCUACAUUUCAACACGUAGAUGAAGAGAUUUAUCAGCUGUAAAUGCCUGGAUGAAAUAAAGGAUAGAUCUGAACACAAAUGGCUCAAACAGGACCUCCACCUUCCAGUACUGUUCCUGAAACUAUGACUUUCCUUAACUCUGCACGAUAUUAUUCAGAUUUGCAUGGGGGUCAAAAUACACGUGGAUCAGGAUUUCCAGGCUUAAAGAAGAGAGGUCAUAAUCUUGGAAGUCGGUCUUGGAUAUUGAUUGAUUCGAAAGGGAAUUCAAAAGUUGUGGAACUGGAUAAAUUUACUUUAAUGAGACGUUGCUCUUUGCCUUCCAGAGAUCUCAGGCUUUUGGAUCCUUUGUUUAUCUACCCCUCCACAAUAUUAGGUCGUGAGAAAGCUAUUGUAGUCAGUCUUGAACAGAUAAGAUGUAUAAUCACAGCUGAUGAAGUUAUACUGAAGAACUCAUUGGACGGUUCCGCACUACAGUACAAAUCUGAAUUAUGCAAGCGUCUUGAGACAUCAAAAGAUCAGUAUGAUGACCUGCCUUUCGAGUUCAGGGCUUUGGAGCUUGCUUUGGAAAGUACAUGUAUGUCUCUUGAUGCUCAGGUAAAGGAACUAGAAAAGGAGAUAUAUCCAGUGCUCGAUGAAUUGGCAUCAUCAAUAAGCACUUCCAAUCUAGAGCGUGUGCGUAGAUUCAAAGGGCACCUCCUUGCCUUGACUCAACGUGUACAAAAGGUUUGUGAUGAAAUAGAGCAUCUAAUGGAUGAUGACGGAGACAUGGCAGAGAUGUAUUUAACAGAAAAGAAAGAAAGAAGGGACGACCUCACCAACGAUGAUCUAUGUGAUCAAACAAUCAGUAAUAAAGAAAAUGUCAACGUUGUCUCUAAAUCUGCACCUGUUUCUCCCGUGGGAUCGUAUAGUGGAGUUCCCAAAUUACAGAGAGCUUUGAGCAAUAUCAGUUCCUCUAAACAUGGAAGCUUAUUGAGUUCAUCCAGUGGUGGGGAAAACAUUGAUCAGCUUGAAAUGUUGCUUGAAGCGUACUUUGUCGUCAUAGACAACACACUCAACAAGUUGCUAUCGCUUAAAGAGUAUAUCGAGGAUACUGAGGAUUUAAUCAACAUAAAGCUGGGAAAUGUUCAGAAUCAGCUGAUCCAAUUUGAGUUGCUUCUUACAGCUGCUACUUUUGUGGCUACUAUAUUCACCGUUGUGACUGCAGUUUUUGGUAUGAACUUCGAUGACACCGUAUUUGAAAAUGCAUCAACAUUCAACUGGGUACUUAUCAUUACAGGAGUGUCUUGUGGACUGUUGUAUUUGGCCUUUUUGAUAUAUUUCAGGCACAAAAAAGUCUUUCCCUUGUGAACAGUACAUUGGAAUUAUAUUUUUUCAAGAUUAAAUGAUUUGAAACUGGUUACCAAUAAUGGUUA